AUGCCUGACUCGGGGGUUCGCCUGCGGCCGCCUCCGACAACCGUGGAAGCCGCACACAGUUACCGCGGGCCCUCGGUGCAGCAAAUCGGAAAGUGCUGCGGUCGGCGGCGCUGGGUUCUGAGAGCUCAAGCGAGCAGAGGGGUCGAGGGGCUCUCCCCACCCACAGGAGGCUCUUGGCGGGGCGCAGCCAAUUCUGGGCGCCCAAGGCUCCCCUCUGCCCUGGAUCGCGUGUGCCGAGUGUCGGCCUCUUCCCUGAAAGGGCCAGACGGACCAAGGGGGCCUUCCCAGCCGGCUGCAAGCUCUCAGACGCUAAAAUGGGAACAAAGCUUACAGAAAGGCAGCGCCUUUGGGCGGCCGCGCCCCGCCCGGCCGCGGGGACCACUGAUACAGAGGCCUGCUGCGCCUGGUGUGCGCGGCCCGGCCGGGCCUCUGGAAACGCCCAUGAGAAAUGAGCUCAUGCUGGAUGCGCGCUCCUUGGGCGCAACUGCCCAGCGCAAAACGGGCCCCGAAAGCAGAGACAGUGAUAUUGCCCAGGCUGGCGUGCAGUGGCUAUUCACAGGCAUGAUCUCACUACUGAUGAGCUUGGGAGUUGUGACCUGUUUCUUUUCCAACCUGGGUCGGUUCGCCUCUCCUCAGGCAACCUGCUGGUCGCCCACUUCCGUGAGGUUACCAUAUUGAUACAGAACUUAGUGCAGGCACUGGAUCAGCAUAGCACACUACAGCCCAGAAUUCCUGGACUCAAGCGAUCCUCCCACCUCAACCUCCCUAGUAGCCAGAACUACAGGUGCACCACCCUGCCAGGAUAAUGACAUUUUAAUUUGCCUACAAAUUAUUGCAUUAGUCUGAGUGUCCAGGUUAAGAUUCAGUGCUUUUUAAACUUUAUCACUAAAAAACCAUCCUAUUGCACCAGGACCUGCCCAUAAUGAAGCCUAAAAGCAGCCUGAUGGAACAGACUUUGUCCUCUACUCCACAAAAUAGCUGUUGGUUUUAAUAUAAAAGUGCACACCUCUCCCCCUCCCAUACAUGUACACACCUAAAUUCUCCAGUAACUGACUCCUCAGGGAGAUGCUUCACGUCAUCCACAGCUUCACUCUCCUGGCACGUGGUAUAGGUGCAUCAAGAGCCCUUCAUAAUGCAGGAGGAAAAGCAGGGUGUCCUUGAUUUAUGUUUAGAAAAGACAUGUUUAGAGGUCAUAUCAUCCAAUUUGAGUGGGGAAAAGUGGCUGUGCUUUGUAUGUGAGCAAAGCUCAAUGAAUGUUUAUUGAGUUGCAAUAGUUGAUUAUUGAAAUGACAAACUUUUUGUAACAGGAAAAGCCCUACAUAAACAUAAUGUAUUAAACAUAAAUACUGAUUAGGCAAUCCCUUGAUAUGUAAUUAUUUCAAGCCCAAAACUCAGAAAAAGCAGCAAUGUGUGUUUUUACUAUCUCCUUCCUCAGGUGGGCUUCAAUUUCUUCUGUCUGUUUAUUCUAACCUCUCCAGUUAAACACCAUUCCCUUGCUAGAGAUCAAAGUAACUGCAUUGUUUCAAUUCUUUAUUAACAUUACACACUUCUCGGCCGGGCGCGGUGACUCAUGCCUGUAAUCCCAGCACUUUUGGAGGCAGAGGUGGGUGGAUCACCUGAGGUCAGGAGUUUAAGACCAGCCUGGCCAACAUGGUGAAACCUCGUCUCUACUAAAAAUACAAAAAUUAGCUGGCCAUGGUGGUGGGCACCUGUAAUCCCAGCUACUUGGGUGGCUGAGGCAGGAGAAUCACUUGAACUGGGAAGGUGGAGGUUGCAGUGAGCUGAGAUUGCACCACUGCACUCUAGCCUGGGUGACAAGAGCAAGACUGUCUCAAAAAACAUUACACACAACUCAAAAAGCAAGAGGGUGAGGGUUAUCCCUUUCUAAUUUCUGCUUGUUUCUCCCAAACAUAGCUUGAAAAUCCGUUUUGCUUGGCUUUGGCAUUUUGAGGCACAUCUGGAUUCAUUCCAGGGUUUGUCUUCCUGACACAUAAAUGCAGAAGUGUACACUGUCCUCUUAUUUCUCCUGAGUUAAAUGCACAUCAGACAGGCCUCAGGUUAUCUGCCUUUGUUAUGUCGCCAGCCUUUCACAGAUAAAGCCCAAAUAACCUCUACCUGCAGGCCCCAGCCUGCCUAAGCCUGUGAGUCAAUUCUCCCUAAAGCCAGAAGAGUAUCAGCUUCAGCCCCAGUUGUCUGAAGUUAGGCUUGCUGCCUAUAGUGUGCUAGCAAUAAAAAAGUCUUGGGGCCUAUAAGGCUUUGGAGUAACAGCAUCUUCAAUCUGUGCUGGCCUCAGCCAUGCAACUGGGAAACAGCAGAAUGCAGUGGGGAGAGUAGUGGCUAAGGAGCCUGCCAGGUUAAGGUUAGUCUUCCCAUUCUCACCCUUGACAAGUCACUGAACCACCUGUUUUCUCAUCUGUCAAGGGAAGUUUGUCUCUAAUUCCCAUCCCCUGCAGGGUCUCUUGGUGUUACCUAUAUUCAGUCUUUCUGUUACACUGUUUUCAAAUUCAAUACAAGUAGAAGGUUCCCUCUUAAUUUUAUGUCUCAAAUUAUUUUUGCCUGAUAGGAUGACAGAAAAUGUACCUAAUGUUGCCAGGCACGGUGGCUCACACCUGUAAUCCCAGCACUUUGGGAAGCAGAGGUGGGCGGAUCACAAGGUCAGGAGAUUGAGACCAUCCUGGCUAACACGCUGAAACUCCAUCUCUAUCAAAAAUACAAAAAAUUAGCUGGGCAUGGUGUUGAGCACCUGUAGUCCCAGCUACUUGGGAGGCUGAGGCAGGAGAAUCGCUUGAAUCCAGAAGGCGGAGGUUGCAGUGAGCCGAGAUCACGCCACUGCACUCCAGCCUGGGUGACAGCGAGACUCCAUCUCAAAAAAAAAAAAAAAGAAAGAAAGAAAAUGUACCUAAUACAAGGUCAAUCAUUUGCCUUCUCUUGUUAUUUCUGUUCAAAAUGUUUUAUUUUUCUUACCCUUAAGCCAUACUUUCAAACCAUAAAGCUAUGGGAGGGCAGCAAAGCCUAAGAUUAAUAAUAAUAUAUAGUGAAGACUAAUUACGUGGUAGGUACUGUACUAGGCACUUGACAUGGAUUAUUGCACUCAAUCCUUGAAACAGCCUUAUGGAAAAGGUGCUUCAUAAGCAGGCACUAUGAAGUCAGUAUGAUUGCUAUUGUACAAAUGAAGGAACUGAGGCAUGAAGAUGUUAGGCAACUUGCCCCGGGGUCACGCACACCUAGUAAGUAGAGAGGGAUACAGCAGAAGUUUGGAGAGAAAGUUCUUAAUUAUACCAAUAGGUUAUUAUCUUUCUCACUUCAGCAGUGGUCAUGUCUAAUUCAGUCCAGAUAAUAAGUAACUUAUUGCCUGGUGUGACAUUAAUUUAUUUGUUGAAUAUCUUCUUGGUGCAAAGCCCUGUGCUAGAAGACUUGCACUAGGGGAGAUUAUAAAAAGAGAAAGAUAUGGUCCCUGCCCUGAAGAAAAUCAGAAGCUAGUAGGGAAAUAAAAUAAGAAAUAAUGAAUUCCAAUACAAGUAAAACACAGUACAUGCUUUAAUAGUGCUACAAGCUAAGUGCCACCUGGCCCAGAGGGUGAAGCAGUAUGUGUUGGUGUUACAUAGGAGGCUUGAUUAAAAAGUUUAUUUUGGAGUUGAGCCUUUAUGGACAAGUAGGAUUUUGAGAGGCGGAGAAGUGAGAGAAAGACAUUCCAGGCAAGGGAACCACAUGGGCAAAUACUCACAUUGAGUCACUAUUGACUCACUAACCUCAGUGCAGGGUUUGUUCCUGGAUUAGCAAGGAGUUUGGAGUCUCUAAGCCUUAGGGUGUAUGAGAGGAAGUCCUAAUUUGGUAGGUGAUAGUAGAAAGGCAAAGUCAUAAAAUCUCGUAAUUGAAGAUCCCCAAAGGUCAUCUAAUUUAGUAACAUGUCCAAUGCCUAAAGCUCUGCCAAGUCAUCAUCAAAACUAGGCUAAAAUAGUUCUAACAUCACAUGCAUUAUUGUCUCCUAUGGCAGCCCAUCCCAUCACUUUCUGAAGUUAUAUUGCCCAUUUAUUUAUGUGUAUUUGCUGAUUGUCUGUCAUACUAGAAUUCAAGUUCCAUGAUGGCAGAGACUGACUUACCUGUCAUGUAUCCCCAGUGCCUAGUAUUGUAGGCAUACAAUCAAUAUUUGUUGAAUGCAUUCCAGCUCAGGACAGCUCUGACAUCUAUAAAGUUCUUGGGUGAUUUCCGCAAGCUAGUACUUUACAUAUAUGAAGACAACUAUAAUAGCCCUCUUUUAUCUUUUUCAAGUUAAAUAUCAACAGUUAGUCAACAAUUCCACAUGAAAAAAUAACUUGGGCCUUUUCACUAUCCUGAUCACACUCUCAUAUAAGCUCCAUUUUGUCGCUAUUUCUUUUAGUGUGUUGUUGCAAGAACAGAAGGCAAUAUUCCAACUCUGUGACCCCCUCAAAUUAGAGAGGUCCUAUCAGCUCUUUUAUUCGAGGUGUUACAGUGUGACCCAAGAUGGCACUAACUUUGCUGGGGUCCACUUCACCCUGUUGCCUCAUGUUUCUCUGAUUGUCAGCUAACCUCCUUUCGACUCCCUUCACCAGUUGGUGUGUUCUACUGCUUGCUCACCUGUCUCUUGUCCAGACUUGUGCAGGUAGAUUUUGAAAACCAAGCCCAGGGCCUUACAUUUAGGAGGCUCUUACAGUAAUCCAGAACAAAAGAUACAAGGUAUUGAACUAGAGCAGUGUAGCCAGCAAGGAAGAGACAAAAAGAAAAACAUAUCUGAGGCAUUGUCAAUGGGACUUGCAAUCUACUGAUUUAGUGACCACUAGCACGCUUUCUCAAUGGAUGCCUCUCUCUCCAGACCACGUAUGAAUUCGGAGUCAAUUCCCAGUUUCUCCCUACCUCACUGUCUUUGAAGCAAGCAUGCGACUCUUUUGAAGUCUUCUAUGCAUUUUUUUCCCAAGUUACUGUCUAUAAAAAUAUAUUAGGAAAGUUCAAAGGCAGCAAGAUUUCUAGCCAGGAUGACUGAAAGGAUGAUAGUCCCAUGACUAAGGUAGGAAAUCCAGGAGAAGAACCAGAUAUUAAGGUGAUAAUGAAGCACUUGGUUUGGGAUGUGUUGAAUUUGAUGACCUGAGGACAUCUAGCAAACAGUUUGAAAACUGUUUACUUCUUUGGCUCUGGAGUGCAAACUGAAAUGUAUAUCUGUGAGUCAUCAACAGAGAUGCUUGAAGCUUUCCCCAGAGAAUGAGAAUUUUGAUUAUCAUUUAAACUGAAAAAAAGACAAGACUGAGAAAAAAACUUUAACAAUGACCACAUAAAAUGGGUAUUUGAAGGAGGAAUCUACCAGAAAGAGAGAGGGGAAGGAAGGCUCAGGGGGUAUGGGGAAAACUUGAUGAGUUUAUUGUCAGCGGCAAAGCUGGAUAUUAUUGCAGAAGGAAGAGAAAUCAGUUACAUCAAACACAGCAGAAAUCUCCUAGAGAACAAAACUUCUCAUGAUGCUACUGAGUUUAUCAAUGAGGAGGUGAUUUAAUAACCUUAAACAAAAUAAUUCCAGUUUUACAGCCAGGUCGCAAGCAGUUGAUAAAUAAGGAGUAAAUGGUAGCAAUGAAGUCAAAGUGGUAAAUGUAGACUGCUAUUUUGAAAAGAUAUUAUGCAAUACAUGUAAACUAGAAAAGCAACAAAUCUAUAUGAUAUUUAUAUGAUCUACAUAUUCUAAAAUAUAGCAUGGGGUUUAUUACUAUUUCAUUGUAAUGUUUGACUAUAGAAUUAAUCAUUUUAUAGACCUUAUGAUUGCACUAGGUGUUCAAAAGAUCUCACUAUAUAAAAGAGAAUAAUGAAGUACCAGCUACUCAGGAGGCUGAGGCAGGAGGAUUGCUUGAGCCCAGGAGUUUGAGGCUGUAGUGUGCCAUUAUUGUGCCUAUGAAUACCCACUGCACCCUAGCCUUGGCAACAUAGUAAGACCCAGUCUCUAAAAAAAUAAAAUAAGAGAAAAAUUGAAAUACAUAGAUUCCAUUGAACCUAAAUAGGGCUACAUGUAUUUUCUUGUUGUUGUUGUUGUUGUUUUCCUGGUUCCCAUUUAGAUGUCUAAUUAUGAAAUGGCCAAUCAAAUCAUUUUCUUCAAGAUUAGUUUUCAUUUAAGUCUGCCUGGAUUGGAUGGCAGGUCAAGCUUUUUAAACUUUAACCCAACACAGAUUCUGUCAGAAGCACCACUAGGUCUGGUGAAUUUCUGGAUCUAUUCUGUAUUGCCUCCUAAUCCCUUGGGGUAUGAAUCUCUGCGAAGCCCUUUCACCUCCAGCCCUGGCCUCUACCUCCCACAUGUUGUGGGAAGUCAGGGACCCCGAAGAGAGGGACCGGCUGGAGCCAUGGCAGAGGAACAUAAAUUGUGAAGAUUUCACAGACAUUUAUCAGUUCCCAAAAUUAAUACUUUUAUAAUUUCUUAUGCCUGUCUUUACUUUAAUCUCUUAAUCCUGUUAUCUUCAUAAGCUGAGAAUGUAUGUCACCUCAGGACCACUAUUGUACAAAUUGAUUGUAGAGCAUGUGUGUUUGAACAAUAUGAAAUCUGAUUGUAAAACAUGGAUGUUUGAACAAUAUGAAAUCAGUGCACCUUGAAAAUGAACAGAAUAACAGUGAUUUUAGGGAACAAGGGAAGACAACCAAAGGUCUGACUGCCUGCGGGGUCGGGCAGAAUAGAGCCAUAUUUUUCUUCUUGCGGAGAGCCUAUAAACGGACAUGCAAGUAGGAGAGAUAUUGCUAAAUUAUUCUCCCAGCAAGGAAUAUUAAAUAUUAAGACCCUAGGAAAAGAAUUGCAUUCCUGGAGGAAUGUCUAUAAACAGCUGCUCUGGGAAUGUCUGUCUUAUGCAGUUGAGAUAAGGACUGAAAUACACCCUGCAGUACCCUCAGGCUUAUUAUGGUGGGGAAAAAAUCCCACCCUGGUGAAUUUGAGGUCAGACUGGUUCUCUGCUCUUGAACCCUGUUUUCUGUUGUUUAAGAUGUUUAUCAAGACAAUACGUGCACAGUCGAACAUAGACCCUCAUCAGUAAUUCUAAUUUUGCCCUUGCCUUGUGAUCUUGCUUUGCCCUUUGCCUUGUGAUCUUUAUUGGCCUCAGAAGCAUGUGAACUUUGUUCUCCUUUUUUGCCUUUGAAGCAUGUAAUCUUUGUGACCUACUCCCUGUUCGUACACCCCCUCCCCUUUUGAAAUCCCUAAUAAAAACUUGCUGGUUUUGUGGCUCAGGGGCAUCACGGACCUACUGAUAUGUGAUGUCACCCCCAGUGGCCCAGCUGUAAAAUUCC